CCCUUCCUUUGCAAAUUCACUUCGUAAUCUUCAAAUUAAACACGAAAAGAAGGUGAAUUUCCGCCAUGGAUAUCAGGUGGAGCUUUCUCGUUCUCCUUGUGCCAAGUCUGUUCAUCCUCCCUUCGCAUUCGCAGAGAAAUUCCUUCACAUCCGUUCUCGUAUCGCAACACGGCCUCGAUUUCGUCAAAAAUCUGCUAGUCGACAAAUUCAUCGCGUCAAUGAUCCCUCUUCAGAUUCCCAGGAUCGAGAAGUCGAUCAAAAUCCCGUUUCUCGGAGGAAUCGAUGUUGUCGUCUCCAACAUCACGAUAUACGAGCUUGAUGUCGCGUCGUCUUACGUCAAGCCUGGUGAGACCGGUGUCGUCAUCGUCGCCUCCGGGACGACCUGCAAUUUGAGUAUGCAGUGGCGUUAUUCUUACAGCACCUGGAUUGUUCCUGCGGAGAUCUCGGAUCAAGGGCUUGCCUCUGUUCAGGUUGAAGGCAUGGAAAUUGGGCUUUCAUUAGGCUUGCAGACUGAUGAAGGGAGUCUAAAGCUUUCUCUAUCGGAUUCUGGAUGUUAUGUGAAAGACAUAUCCAUAAAGUUAGAAGGAGGAGCCUCUUGGCUUUAUCAGGGGAUGAUUAAUGCGUUCAAAGACCAGAUAGGAUCCGGUGUGGAAAGUACCAUAACCAAAAAACUAAAUGAAGGAGUAACAGAGCUUGAUUCGUUCCUACAAAGCCUUCCAAAGGAAAUUCCAGUAGAUGAUAAAGCUGCACUGAAUGUCACUUUUACUACUGAUCCUAUACUGAGCAAUUCGUCCGUCACUUUUGAGAUCAAUGGCUUGUUCACAAAGAGAGAAAUCAUUCAAGCCAUGGAGUUCUACCAAAGAAAUUCCUUAUCUUCAUUUCCCUGCCCAGAGGAUUCUAAAAUGCUUGGAAUUUCGGUGGAUGAAGCUGUCUUUAACUCUGCAUCAGCUUUGUACUAUAAUGCAGAUUUUAUGGAAUGGAUCGUGGAUAAAGUACCAGAUCAGUCUCUUUUAAACACUGCCCGGUGGAGGUUCAUCAUCCCACAACUCUACAAGAAGUACCCAAAUCACGAUAUGAAUCUGAACAUCAGCUUGUCUUCUCCUCCAAUCUUGAAGAUCUCAGAGCAAAAUGUCGGGGCCACUGUAAAUGCAGACCUAGUAAUCGAUGUUUUGGAAACAGACCAAGUCAUUCCAGUAGCAUGCAUCUCUUUGGUCGUCAGUGGGUCGGGUUCUCUAAAAGUAACGGGUAAUAACCUCGGCGGAAGCGUAAGAUUAGAAGACUUUGCCAUGUCCUUGAAGUGGAGUAACAUCGGAAAUCUCCACCUGCAUCUCAUCCAGCCAAUCAUAUGGACAGUUAUACAAACCGUAUUCGUACCGUACGUGAACACACGGCUCGAAAAGGGCUUUCCUUUGCCAAUAAUCCACGGAUUCUCUCUUCGGAACGCUGAAAUCAUCUUCUCGAGCUCAGAAAUCGCGGUUUGUAGCGAUGUUACAUACUUGGACUCGUUCCGACUCGUUCAACUGAGUUAGCCUUUUGAUGAAGUGUGUAUAAUAUGGUUUUACCAGCACGUUCAACGUUGUAAUACGUUUUGUAUUGUGUAGUAUGAUGAAACUGUGUUGUAAAAUGUUCUUUUGGUUAAUGUUUACCGAAUUAUGUCAUGAUAGUUUCACCAUA